ACUUUCAAUAAUUAUGUUUUGUUAAUCGUCGAAUGAACAGUUAUAUGUAUUAUGUUAACUAAUCUUUGAUGUUGGAAACUCGUAACAGGAAGACUAGCUUGAAUCGUGGUCCUCAAUCUGACCAAAUACAUAUCCUACUGCUACUACUAAAUUUAGGUCGUAUUAUCCACUUGCGAUACUCACGAAUAUAUACCCCCUGUCGUUUAAACGUAUGUACUUAAUUCUCAUUGUUCGCUUAACGAGAAAAUUGUCGCAAUGGCACAAUCGUAAUGUAUAUGAUAACGGCUAUAUGUAAAACGCCGAUGUAUGUAAGUCACACAAGAGCUUUUGGAUUAUUCCGGGCUCGCGAUACAUGGUAGUAUGUCUUUGCCAAAGGAUGGAUUAGGUUUCUUCCAUGAUUUCAAGAGCUUAGUGUUUUGACGAUAUUAAAAAAAUUUAUCAGUAUUCAAAGAUCCAAAGUAACAUUUAAUCGUUUUUUCAAAAAUGUUAUCAUCCAAAAUUUGAGCAUCGUUGUUCAAUAAGAAAUAUCUAUGGAAAAGGUACUGUUAAAGAAAAAGAUUACAGUACAAUACGGUCUUGAUCAAAGUUAAAGAGAUAAGUAACUACGUACUAAAGAUCAUUUUUCUGUGAAGAAAAAAAAAAAAGAAAAGAAAUUUUUUCGAACGUGCAGGAACGCCAAAAAGGCGUCAAAUCGUCGAAAUACCGUUCUGUAAGAAGAUGGCCUCGGAAGACAACGCGGAUGACCUCUUGACGAACUGGGCUCCGGAAAUGCCGACGGUCCAAGAAAUUAACAAGUCCAUGCAAAAUUUUGCUAUCCCGGAUUAUACUGUUUUCGUCUUGAUGCUUUUAGUUUCUGCUUUUGUUGGUAUUUAUUUUGGUUUUAUCAAAAAAAUCUCGGGUGAGGAUGAAUAUCUGGUUGGUGGUAGAAACAUGAAGACAUUUCCAAUCAGUUCGAGUUUGAUAGCCAGUUUUAUAUCAGGUAUCUCUUUAUUGGGUAUACCAACUGAGGUUUAUGUUUAUGGGACUACUUAUCUUUUCAUCUCAUUUGGAUUGAUUAUUACGGGCUUCAUCAUGUCGAAAAUAUUUUUACCUGUUUUUCAUGAUUUGAGGAUCACUAGCACAUAUGAAUAUCUUGAAAGGCGUUUUGAUAAAAAAAUUCGAUUAUUAGGAUCCUUCCUUUUUUCCAUCAGUAUGAUAGUUUAUCUACCCAUUGUUAUCUAUGUACCAGCAUUAGCUUUUAAUCAAGUAACUGGAAUCAAUGUCCAUAUCAUCACACCUUUUGUAUGCAUUGUUUGCAUUUUUUAUACUUGUAUGGGUGGAUUGAGAGCAGUGGUCUGGGCCGAUUUCAUUCAAGCUCUCGUAAUGUUCGGAUCGAUGCUUUUGAUCGCGAUCAAAGGCACUUUGGAUAUUGGCGGAUUAUCGGUUGUAUUAAGAAGAAAUCGGGAUUCCGAAAGACUCGAAUUUCCAGCAUUCGAUUGGAGUCCUAUGACAAGACACACAGUUUGGUCACUUGUAAUUGGAGGAUUUGUUCAUUGGUUGCAGUGCUUGGCAAUCAGUCAAAACACAAUCCAGCUUUAUCUCGCGUUACCUACUUUGCAUUUGGCUAGAAGGGCACUCUGGUAUUUCAUUAUCGGAGUUUCGUUAAUCAUGGGAACGUGUGGAUAUGCAGGCAUGUUAAUAUAUGCUUGGUAUUAUAAAUGUGAUCCAUUGACGACGAAGCUGGCUGGUACAAAGGAUCAGCUUUUACCACUUUUAGUUAUGAACGUUUUGGGAGAUUAUCCUGGAUUACCUGGCUUAUUUGUUGCUGGAGUAUUCAGCGCUGCUCUCAGUUCUUUAUCGACUGGUUUGAACUCUAUGGCAGCGGUCGUAUUAGAAGAUUUUAUUAAGCCAUUUCGUAAAACAGGAUUUACUCCUAGAGUUGCUGAUAUUUUCAUGAAACUUACUGUCAUCAUCGUAGGAGCAAUUUGCGUGGCUCUCGCUUUCGUCGUCGAAAAAACUGGAUUGCAUGUUUUGCAGCUGUCUGUCAGUCUAAAUUCUAUAACUAAUGGUCCAUCCCUUGGUAUUUUUACUAUGGGGGUUCUAUUGCCCUGGGUAAAUGCAAAGGGUGCUCUUAUCGGCGGUUUAGCUGGUUGUGGUUUUAUGGGAUGGAUCAGUCUAACAGCUCAAACAGCUAUAGCUAGUGGAAAAAUGAAAUUCGACGAGAAACCUGUUACUACCGAAGGAUGUAUGUAUUCGUUUCCUCAAGUAGAAAAUCUCUUAUUAUUUAUACCUUCGGAAACUAUCUUGAACGAAGAGGAUGGGAAUUCAUUUCCCGAACUAUGGGCAUUAUAUCGUAUCAGUUACUUAUGGUACACCGUAAUAGGUACUUUGGUCACUCUAAGUAUUGGUCUUAUAGUGAGUAUUAUUUCUUCCGAAGAUAUUGACAAAUUAGAUCCUAUGCUAUUAGCUCCAUUUAUAAGGAAGUUCCUGAGAUCUAACAAAAAUUUACAACAAAUACAGAUUGCAAGAACUGAUCUCAAAGUUGACAAACAAGUGGAAAUUGAAGAUGAUAAAAUAGUAGCAAUGUCAUCAACAUGACAAUGAUUACUUAUUUAAUUUCUUUUUAUACAGAAAAAAUUAAAAAUCUUAAUUUUUAUUAAUUUUCAUCCGAAAUCAUUCUAUAUGCACCUAUCUCAUUGUAUGUACGAUCUUAUUACGAAGUGUCUACUUUAGAAAAAAUUUUAACUCUGGAUGACGGAUUUAUAUUCGUAUAUUUGAAAAUACAUUUAAAUUCUGCUUAAAAUGUCACAUAAACGUAACAUGUGAUGUCUUCACAAUAGAGUUCAUUAAUUAUUCUAUAUUGUAUAAUUGUUUUUGUGUAUCACACAUAGAUGUAUAUUAUUUAUUAAGGCUUAAAACAUAUUUGAUUCAAGAUUUUUUUUUCACUUGUUCCAAUAUAGCUAUAGAAUUUUUAUGAUUGUGAUGGAUCUUCUUAUAAGAAUAGAAAAAGAUCCAUUUAUGAAUUGCCAAAAAGAAAAAAGAAUACACUUGUACAUUAUUACAAUAAGAAGGAUUAUACAAAGAAUGAAUAAUAUUACAAGAAAAAAAAAUGUAUUCUUCGUUCUUAAUGAAAAGUAAAGACACUUUGAAGGCGGACAUAAUUCUAGAUACACUCGUGUAUAUAUAUAUGUAUAUAUAUACAUAUACAUAUACAUAUACAUAUAUAUAUAUAAUUUAUAUAUUUACAAAAUUAUAUUUGUACAACAAAUACUUCAAUACUUAUUAAUUUACUUCAAAGCUCUGUGUUUUUCGUGCAGAUUGUAUUUAUUAAGGAUUGAUAUAUUGAAAUGCAAAAGUUUACGUGAAAAAUUGUAUCUAAAUAUAAGCUACGAUUUUAUAUCGUAUAUAUAUAAGGAUAAAAAUUGUACAAGAAGAAGAUAAUCGAAUACUGUAAUAUAUUUGUCUGUACUUAUAGAAGAAAUCAGACUGCACAAUUACAGAUCUUCUUAAUAAAAAUCUCUAUAUCAUUUA